AUGGGCGAUGAUUUGUCUCAGUUAAGCUUAAUGAGAUUCGAUUUGGGGUCGGAAAAGUUGGAUCUUUUUACUAGUGUAUCCGGCGACUUUCCAACUGCGUUUCUAUAUUUUUCAACUUUGAUUAGCUACAAGGGGAAAGUAGCUUUAGCCACUAACACAAGGAUGGAUUUGGAAGUGUGGGUUUUGGAUCAGCAAGCCAAGACUCUAGGAUGGUUGAAGGAAAGUUUUAGUAUCAACAUUGGGAAGAAGUGGAAACAAUAUGAUUUGGGAAUUAUCAGAGGCACAACUCAUAGAGAUGAGCUAAUUUUGGCACCACGGUUCUAUUAUAAUGAGUUUUAUGUUUACCUUUACAAUCCAUACACGAAUAUGCUUAGAGGACCAAAGUUGAAUUACACGGAGACCAAGCAUCCGGAGACCAAAGCAAUGGUUUUUUCGGAUUAUGUAGAGAGUGUUAGGUUGUUGUAG